UUUCACGUACGAGGUCCGAACAAAUAAUGACUACCGCGACUCAUAUUGGAAGACAGGUAAGAUGUGCAAAUCUUCACGUUACAGUCAUUGAUUUGUCUGCAGCAGUGUGGUUAGAGGUGCUGGGGUGGGGGUUAGAUUGGCAUCAAGUUGUAGGACAAGAAAAAAAAUAACAUCUUAUAUUAUAACGAAAUAGAAAUACAUUAAAGAAAUGAAUGUUUCGGCAACAUGUCUUCUGCAGCCAUAAAAAAUGAGUUAAAUAUAUAAAGAAAGAAAAAUGAAAAAUGAACUAAUUUAGAAGUGUUAUUGAAAUAUUGCUUGGGCAAAGAAAUUGACAAAUUUAAAAAUCUAUUAUUUCGAUAUAAACAGGAACUCGGGAAGAUAACGUGUAGUCAAAUAAAAUAAAAUAAAGUGUAUUUGUCAUGUGUUGUCAUCACAGCCAGGACAAAGAUAACAUGCACAUAUGGAAAAGCCAUAAUUUAGAUACAUUCUUCCCUUAACAAGUAUGGUUUAAUAUACAUUAUUUUCAUGAAAAAUUAUCAUAUGUGCACCAUCUUAUCGCCCUGAUUGUUAGUGUUAAGAAAAUGUGGAUUUAACUUUUCUACAAACAUACCAAAACUGCAUAAGUAAAUCCAGAGGAUUAAAUCGCAAUUUAUGGACACAUUAGUAGAGACCUUGGGGUUACUGUUGUUCUGAAGUGAGUCUAAGUGAUUAUUACGUCAUUAUUGUGCAUGUGGGACUAGCCCACCUUUGUGUUAAUCUUUUAAGAAGAAAAAAAAAUAUUAUAUUUACAAUAAUUUAAGACAGACACUUUUUUUUAUAAUUGAUCUAUAAGCUUAAACUUACUACCGCUACAGUCACGCAAAUCAAGACAUAUCAACACUGUUCUCGACAGUCAUACGCACAACAUAAAUGAGCCCUCAAACAGUUCCAACCACGGCUGUAUUGCUAUCACGUGAUCUACCAUUCCCCUUUCUUCCAGGGGAUCAUUACGAAAGUGGGAACGGCUACAACGCGUCUGGUGACUCCUAUUCCAGAGCGAUUGACGGUGGAGUUAGACGCCUGGCGCUACCGGCCCCUCCAGCCAGGUCCAAUCUGGCAUUUUGAUGACGUCUUAAGAUGAUCUUGGAUGAAAGAUUUCAAGUAUCCUCCAUGGGACACAAAUAUUCUCUACACAUCUUUAUUUUUAACUGUCUGGCCAAAAUAUAUUUUUCAAUAUUAUGAGGCUGCCUCAGUCAUAACGUGUUUAAACGACCAAAAUGACAAAACAAUCCUAACUCCAAAAGGGCUAAGAAAUUCACUUUAUGGAAAAGUGACAAUACAAUGAAAAUAACAUCUUGUUGAAAUGGAUGUUCAAGCAUCUGUUUAAUUUAUAACACAAAUUUCUGGUUUAAUGUAGUUUUUUUUUCUAAAUUGAUAAGAACCAUGUUUGUUUGAGCACAAACGAUUUAGUUUUGAAACUUUGUAAAGUAUUUCAUUCAAAUGAGUUUUGUUGUCAGUUGUAAAGUAAUGGUCUUAAAAUAAUCAGGAGUUUUAAAAUUCCAUAAACCUUAAAUAAAAGAGUGUAAUUCGAUUUCAUAUAAUCUUUGUAUUAAAAUUCUUUGAACAAUUACCAUUUUGUAUGUCUUGACUACCCACUUAACGACAAUUUCAGUCACAUCUGAUUAUAUUGGACUUGAACUAUAGAAUACUUUUUUAAACCCCCGUUUUACCCCAAAAAAAA